AUGAAGGGUAGAGGGGACUUUUGUCUUGUUGAAAAAUUGAAGGCUCUCAAACUCAAAAUUUCUUUGUGGAAUAAGGAGGUGUUUGGGUGGAUCGAUCUUAACAUAGAGGAGGCGGGAAAAGAGAUGCACUUUUUAGAUAACAAGUUUGCUCAUUUUGCAGGUAAUGUUCUGGAGGAGGAAGUGGCAAAAAGAUCUAAGGCGGCCAUUGUGUUUUGGGACAAUCUUUAUAAAAAAGAAGGUUUUCUUCGCUUAAAGUCGAGACAAUUGUGGCUUGCCGAAGGUGAUUGCAACACGAGGUAUUUUCAUAAUUCUCUUAAAGAGAGAAGAAGGUGGAAUUCUUUGUGCUCUCUUUUGUCUAGUAGAGGUGUGCUUGAAGAUGUUAAUGAGGUCAAAGAUUUCACUUUCAACCACUUCAAGUCUUUUUUCGAGGAAUCGGAGGAGGGGAGGCCGAUCAUUAGUGGAUUGGAUUUGAAGAAGCUCCAUGAUUCGGAGGGGUUGAGUAUCGAGCGUCCGUUCAUGGAGUUGGAAAUUAAGGAGGCUAUUUGGUCGUGUGAUGGCAACAAAAGCGCCGGGCCGGAUGGUUACUCUUUAGAUUUUUUUCAAGAGGUUUUCGGUAGUGAUUCGGGUUGA